AUUUUGGUCAACUUGAUUGUUUUAAAGUGCUUAACAAAUAAAGUUGGAUUGGAUUGGAUCAUUUAGCUCGGGCGCACUGAAACAGCUGUGAACAACUUGAAGUGAAGAUUCAGGUGGACUACCACUUUGAGGAGGUUCAGAAGCCAUGUUCGAUGAAGACAAGUGUGCCACGCAGCUCUACGAGCACGACUUCUUGGGGGAGUUCAUUUGCACACUGGGAGUGAUUGUGUCCAAUAAGAAACUUCACAGACCGUUGAUCUUAGCCAAUGGGAAGCCAGCAGGCAAAGGAUCCAUUACGGACUUCUUCGGGAAGUCAGACCCCUACCUGGAGUUUCACAAACAGGGAGAAGACGGCAAAUGGAUGCUGGUGCACAGGACAGAGGUCAUUAAGAACACUUUAGAUCCAGCAUGGAAAUCCUUCACUGUACCACUAAUUUCUCUGUGCAAUCGAGAUGUGGACAGAAACAUCAAGGUCCUGUGUUACGACUACGAUAAUGAUGGAGGCCACGACUUCAUAGGAGAGUUUCAAACCACGGUUACCAAGAUGAGUGAAGCUCAGAACUCAGUGGAGCGGCAAUGGCGCCGCACUGCUGUGUUCCCCAGUGCACUUCGUCACACAGGAAAAAAUCCAACAGAGGGCAAACAUUUCACCGUUUUCCAGAGGAUAAGGGACUACGUUGAGAGUGGAUAAAAAAUAUCAGAAGGGAUCCUGGUCGUAAUUUUAAGAAGCACGCCUCAGUGUCAUCCAGAACUGUGCUGAAUGAGCAUGGCUGUGAUGGUAGAGGAAACGGGGGAUCAUCACCAGCCCUGGUAGACUGUGCUGUGUGGUAGGUAAGCACAGAUCCCUUUGGAAGGUCUCCAAAGUCGGUGGGGACAAGAGCAGCAGACUGCUUUCUGUUCUCCUCCAGCAGCUUGAACAUCUGACUCUUGCUCUGUAUUGCACUCAGGUUUCAGUGUAGGCUCUCUGCAAAGGCAGAUGAUGGAACACAGGGCAGUACAGAUUCGA